UCUUAACCUAGUUUGGUAAAACCUUUCGGAAAUCUCAACAUACCGAAUUUAAAUUUAUUGGACAAGAUAAGAUAGAAGUAACAAUUGAUUUUAAUCUACGUGAAUUAUCUUUAUUUGCACAGUGUCUUUAUUUAAACGAUACAAAUUAACAAUUGCCUCCUCAGUUCGUCGGCGGCGUUUGUUUUGUAAACGAUCUCCAUGGAGAACGGUGACGUGCUCCAGCCUGGGCUGUCGAUAAGGCCCAUAAUUAAUACCGACUGCGUAAAAGAUUUGGUACGUGAUCUAUAUGGGUUGGAGGUCGAGAAGAUUAACGAACUAAAUGGAUACGAUGAUAAAAAUUAUCAUGUUAUUGGGAAAAAUUGUACGGACAAUGAUAAUAUCAAAGAAGUUCGACGAGAUGGCUAUGUGGUAAAAAUAAUCAAUCGAUUGGAUUCCCAGAAAACUGAUUUUUUCAAUGCGCAAACCAAUCUGUUGAUUUAUUUAGGAAAAAAUGGUGUCAUUUGUCCGAAACCAGUAAAAACAAAGUCAUCAGAAUUUUAUGUUCUAAAAAAAAUACCCUCAGGAGAACAUCUUGUAAGACUUCUUGAAUAUGUAGAUGGGGAGAUGUUUUGUAAAGUUACCCUGUCCAACAAAUUAUUUUAUGAUGCCGGGCAUUACGUGGCUAAAUUGGACCAAAUACUUAAAAACUUUGACGACCCAGUAUACAAAAGGUACAAAUCUUUGUGGCAAAUGGAAAAUAUAAUAAAACUUCCAGAGUACUUAUUUGCCAUUAAAGACGAAACUAAACGUAAAACCGUUGAAACUGUAAUCAACCACUUUAAAAACAGAGUUUUACCGCAAAGUGCCAAAUUAGAAAAAGGACUAAUACAUGGUGAUUUUAACGAACAAAAUAUUAUCACGAAAAAAAAUGAGGAUUGGUCUAUAUACGCCAUCUUAGAUUUUGGUGACAGUCAUUUUAGUUGUUAUUUAUAUGAGCUGGCUAUUUGCAUCACUUAUAUGAUUUUACAAGGAGGUAAUAUUGAUGUUGGAGGUUAUGUCCUGGCAGGUUAUACUGCUGUUAGAACUGUACCUGAUAUCGAAUACAGCUUAUUAAAGAUUUGCAUAGAAGGAAGGAUAUGUCAAUCCUUGGUUUUGGGAGCCUAUUCAGCUUUGGACGAUCCUAGUAAUACUUAUUUACUUUCAACUCAAGAAAAUGGCUGGAAAAUUCUUAACGAACUCACCAGAAUACCAGAUUCUGUAUUAAUUGAAAAAUGGAAAAAUACAGUGAAGACUUAUGGAAAAUAAAAAAAAGAGUUUUAAAAAUCAGUUUAAUUAAAUAAAUCAACGUAUUUUAUAAAUUUACAAAUACUAAACAUUAAAUUAUAUCUCAAUAGAGAUUAAACAAAUAAACACACAAAUAUAUAAAGUGGUUAUUUUUAUUGAAAACAAAGUAAAAAUAAUAAUUUUAUUGCUUGUAAAUAUUGACUAGGUAUAAUUGUAUUGAAUUAACUAUUUUAUUCUACAUAGCGUCAAUAUGUACACUAGCCAAAAAAUUA